AUCUCAAAGGCACAAGUGAGGCAACUGUGUUCCUAUUGGUUGAGCUUAACCCUAGAUUCUUGCCCUUUCUCUUUCGCUCAAACAAAAGUUGAAUCCUGAAUUACACACAAUUCUGGAGCUAACACUUACUACGAAACCGAUAUUCCUUCAAUCAGCGUUAUCAUAUAGGUAUGGAUGAUAGAUGGUUCAAUAGUAUGCCUGAUAUGCGCAUGAGAGAUAGACGCCAGCAAGAAAUGGAAGAGGCUGAUGAGGCUUCUGUUCUAGAGGAUCUCGCUGAGGAUUUUCGCCUUCCUAUUAAUCAUAGACCAACGGAAAACGUAGACCUGGAAAAUGUGGAACAAGCAUCUUUAGAUACGCAGUUGACAUCCUCUAACAUUGGAUUCAGGCUUCUUCAGAAGAUGGGUUGGAAGGGGAAGGGUCUUGGGAAAAAUGAGCAAGGAAUUACUGAGCCAAUAAAAUCAGGGAUGCGAGACCCAAAGUUGGGGAUAGGAAAGCAAGAGGAAGAUGAUUUUUUUACAGCAGAAGAAAAUAUUCAAAGACGUAAGCUUGAUAUUGAACUAGAGGAGACUGAAGAACUUGCCAAAAAACGGGAGGUUUUAGCAGAACGCGAGCACAAAAUUGAAACGGACGUGAAGGAAAUACGCAAGACUUUCUUUUGUGAGCUGUGCAACAAGCAAUAUAAAUUAGCAAUGGAGUUUGAAGCUCACCUAAGUUCAUAUGAUCACAAUCACAGGAAGCGCUUCAAGGAAAUGAGAGAAAUGCAUGGAAGUAGCCGGGACGAUAGACAUAAAAGAGAACAGCAACGUCAAGAGAGGGAGAUGGCAAAAUUCGCCCAAAUGGCUGCCAAUAAGAAGCAGCAAGAACAGCAAACACCAGAGGAAGCAGGAAAUAUUCCAGCCCCUUCCAUGGUUAGAACUGCAACUGCUCUAGCAGAUCAAGAUCAGAGGAAGACUUUGAAGUUCGGAUUUUCUGCGAAAGGAGGCUCAUCAAAGGUGACGACCUUGGUUAACAAAUCUGCAAAGAAGCCAAAAGUAACUGUUGCAUCUGUCUUCAGCAAUGAAAGUGACGAGGAGUAACAGUGCGUGUAGUAACUGUUGCAUCUGUCUUCAGCAAUGAAAGUGACGAGGAGUAACAGUGCAUCUACACAAGCCUGGUGUCGGUGAAGACUGAUGAAUGAUAGAUACUGAACCUGAAUGCAUUUUCUUCUGUUGGUGUAUUAUGUUGAGUUGUACAUUGUAAUCCUUUCUAAGCAUUUAUUUGCUGUCAUGACUGGAUGAUGUUUUUCCCCGAGGAGAUUUGAUAGAUAGAUACCAUAUACUCUAUUUCUAUGGUUUUGAACAUGUUACACGAGAUUUAUGAGGUAAAUUUGUGUUUUACGUUGUA